AUGGCAAGACUCACUGACGAUGCCGGCGAAUCGUCUGGGAAUGUACCACGUCCACGGUCCUACUCUGGAAAUGCUGAUGCAUACAGUGGACUCCGGACUAGAGGAGGGCUAUUAUCUCCACUUCGAGAUGGCGGUUUCCAACCCUUCUUUGAAUGGGGUACAGUGAGAAAAGGAUCAUUACCGAGCCAUAUUCUGUACAAAAAAGUCAGCCCUGGCAUCACCUUGCAUUCAAGAGGUGUUGACCUCACGUCGGGGAAUGGAGCAAGAAAGGUUGUAGGUUUUGGUUGUCAAAUGACCCAAGAACAUUUUGCUCAGCCUCGGUACCUAAUACGUCAAACGGCUGAACUCGCCUUACCCUCCUUGCGCUUUCAUUACGGCCAAAAGCCAAGAGACACAGGGUCUGAGUUCGACUCCCGCUGGUUAGUGGGCCUAACCGAGCCCGGGCAGAAUUGA